AUGGAAAUAAAUUCAGAUACAGAAGAAUAUGAAAGUAAGAAAAAGGUGAGAAAAGUAACGACUGUAGCUAAUCUUUUUAAGCAGAUCCAAACAGCAAAGCCAAGGCCGUCACGUGAUACUCCUGUUCCGAUUGAAAACGUCGAAGUAGAAGAGGACUUGGACUCACACGACGAAUCUGAACCCGAAAGGGAAACCCGAAUCGAUGCAGGACGCAAUAGUUCCCAGCUGUUAAAUUCAAUGAUGCAUGAUAAUCUAUCCUCUGGGUCCAUACGGACACCACCGUUGGAACCUCGGAUUUCAGUCGAUGACCCGUUUACACAAGAACCGGACAUACGGCAGCUAGUGCUAUCGCUGCAUAAGAAAGUGGAUGAAAAUACCAGGAAAGUUGAAGAGUCCAAGCUCGCUGGAAACAGAACCGUUGCGCUGCUCUCGCAAAUAAAUGCGAAACUUGAUGUCUUCGCCUCUCAAGUCAACAUUAAACUCGACACCCUUGCUACGCAUAAGCCACAGCAAAUCGAAGUCGAAUGUAUCGGAGCAAUGAGUGCUCCGUUGAAGCCAGUUAGGAACCUCGAUGAGUUGGAGUCACUCGAGAAGAAAUCCAGCAAUGAACAAUUUGUUGUGGGUAUCAUCCGAUAUUUUGGCUCCAUGCAUGGUAAGGCUAAGGAUCGGUACGUUGGAGAAGGUGGAACAGUGUGUCUACAGAUUGUCGAUUAUUUCUUUCAUCGAGAAUUUAUGCUGAGCUGCUCCUGGACCGGAACGACCAGGAAUAAAAGCUGUGAUGAAGUUAUUGUCUCGAAGAUUGCUUUCCAUAAAUUUGAUGGAGUUAUUGCUUUGUUCCAUAAAGUGGUAAUGUUUUCGGAUCCAUCGUACUCACUUGUUGAGUGUCAGAAGUUUCUUCAUCGUUGUUUAAGGAAUGCCAAGCAACGAUUCGAGGAAAUCAAGGGAACAAGAGCUCCAGUGGCAAGAAAGAGACGCAAACGGAAUGGACAUGAUUUUGCUCUGGAUAACGAAGAGGAGAAACACGAUGAAGAGGAAGACCCAUUGGUGGAGUAUGAUGGACUGGAUGGAAUAGACAUUUCUGACAAUAAACCUAUUAUUGUCGAAGAAUAUCUUUUGGAGUGA